CUGCACGUGCUUGCUGCCUCUGCUCUCGCUCUCCUCCCUCGCUUCCGUCUCGAGACGGAAGCAAUCUCUGAUCUCACUCUCACGUUCUUGGUUUUUUUCUCCGCCAGCGACAGCGUCGAGCAUGUCUUCGUCGGAGAACAUCACGGUGACCGAACGCGGCGGCAAGGACAAGGACCAUGACGAGGGCGGCGGCGGCUUCAUCGACAAGGUGAAGGACUUCAUCCACGACAUCGGCGAGAAGAUCGAGGAGGCCGUCGGCUUCGGCAAGCCCACCGCCGACGUCUCCGGCAUCCACAUCCCCCACAUCAGCCUCCACCGCGCCGACCUCGUCGUGGACGUCCUCAUCAAGAACCCCAACCCCGUCCCCAUCCCGCUCGUCGACAUCGACUACCUCAUCGACAGCGACGGCCGCAAGCUCGUCUCCGGCCUCAUCCCCGACGCUGGCACCAUCCACGCCCACGGCGAGGAGACCGUCAAGAUCCCCGUCUCCCUCGUCUUCGACGACAUCAAGAGCACCUACAAGGACAUCCAGCCCGGGAGCAUCAUCCCCUACCUCGUCCGCGUCGUCCUCCUCGUCGACGUCCCCAUCAUCGGCCGGAUCAAGAUCCCGCUCGAGAAGACCGGCGAGAUCCCCGUCCCCUACAAGCCCGACGUCGACGUCGAGAAGAUCAAGUUCCACAGGUUCUCCUUCGACGACACUACCGCCACGCUUCACCUCAAGCUCGAGAACAAGAACGAUUUCGACCUCGGACUCAACAUGCUCCAGUACGAGAUGUGGCUCGGCGACGACAGCAUCGCCUCCGCCGAGCUCACGCAGAGCGCCAAGAUCGAGAAGCAGGGGAUCACCAGGAUGCAAGUCCCGUUCAGCUUCAGCCCCAAGGAUUUCGGAUCAGCUGUCUGGGACAUGAUCAGGGGCAGGGGGACAGGGUACACCAUCAAGGGGAAGAUUGAUGUGGACACCCCGUUUGGGAACAUGAAACUGCCCAUCAGCAAAGAGGGUGGAACCACUCGCCUCAAGAAGGACGAGGACGAGGACGACGACGACGAGGAGUGAAGUGCUGCUGUUAGCGAACAGGCAAGAUAGUUAAGCAUCAAGAAUGGAGAAUGUUUUAUGGGGAUAGUCCACCCGUACGCUUAUCACUAGUCAAGCUCAUGCUUUAGUUCUUGAUGCCUUGUUUGAUUACAGAUCUGAUGUCCGAACCACCUCCAUGCCGUAUGCUUCAUUGUGAACUGGUCUUGUGACUGCUUUGUGCUGUUCAUCUAGUUGUCUCGUGCAUGAAUUCUGUGUGCGUUAAGGGCUCCAGACUUUGUGAUUGGAAUAACAAUAAAGUCCAUCACCCCUUGUUCUUUGUGGGGCUGGUUGGUAGGUUUUCCGUGUUUUCAAA